AUGGGUAUGCAGUCGGUCCUUUCUGGUCGCCUACCCUGCAGAUGUGACAGAUACACUUAUCUCCCUUGAGAGUAAUCGAUGCCUGCAGUGGACUGUUUCUGGAGCGUUGUUGGGACAAGCUAAGUUUGAUGGUGCAGGCCUUCCGUGAAAGUGCUGAAGACCAUUAUUUAUAGAAUCGGUCGACUUUGCCAGCGAACGCGGCUUAUUGCUGCCUGAGAAAGCCUUCGUUCUAUGGAAAGCAUUAAGAUGUCGGCGGACAGGACAUUCGGUGUGCGUGAUUCGAGAUACACGCAGUCAUGUGAAUCACCCCUUCCAACGAGUUUGAGGCCGCCAGUUAAGGAGAUUGUGCAUUUGCGAAUUGGCUUCCUGCUUGAAGUGAUGGCAUCGGAAACUAAAACUUAUCUUGUUUAAUUUCCAAGGAAAUUCAUGCGCGGAUUUGGAGUAACUCUCUCGGAACAGACCUUUACAGGCGCGGUCCGAAAUUUGAUAUGAAUAUUUGAGCUGAAAUACAUCAGCUAAUGCGGCAUAACCGCGUAAUAUUCACAAACCGCUAGCAGGCAGCCAGUAGUAUACAAUUGAGCGAUGAUUUACCGUACUGACCACAGGUACUAACUAAAUGCCCAGACACGCGUGUUUCGCCGGUCUUGUGCCGCUGCCUGACGCAGCUGCGAGGGGUUCGUCUCAUCAGUGGGUCCUCUAGCCUACCCCGUGUGUGUUCUGAUAUAUGAACAGUGUCACCAUGCCUUGUUCGAUUUAUAUGAUAUAUUUAUAUGCUUAUAUGUUUACUUUAUAUACAUGUUUAGUAAAUGUUUUAUAUGUCUAAUUUAUAUGAUAAGGAAUUACUUCACUCAAAGAUUCCCGUCCCGCACGGUGUUUAAUCGAAUUUUCUAACCCAGAAACAGAUACAUCUGGAUAGUUGGUUUUGAUGAGCUGAACGUUUUGUUUUUCGUUACGGAUAGCACAUAGAGAAGGCAGAUUUUGAGCGCUAAACACGGUUGGCCGCCCAAUACCUCGCGUGUGUCGGCCUUCAACCGGGACAGGGAUGGGGAGAUUGUGUUUGUUGCACUGAUCGCUCAUAUUACGUCCAUCUUGCAUGAAUUUUCGCGCGCGUUCACGUUCUGUAGGCAAGUACGUGGUAACCAUCAACAUAGAAAAUAUCGGCAGCCCUUGCCCUGAAAGCGCGUUAUGGGUACGCUUAGGCUUUUAUCCAUUUUCACUGCUGUGACGAUUGGUUUCCCCUACAGCGUUUAAGUAUCAAUCCAUAUAUAACAACUGUUUCGAGUAGGGUCAACACGGAAGAUGGUGUAGGCAUUGCGGGACUCUUGGAUAUGUUAACGACACAUCGCAGUCACUUAAAGAAAAGAUGAAGCAGCACCAAGUCCUUGUUUUAAUUUGCAUCAUUAGCAUGAAACCCCAACGUCAGUUUCGGAAAAGUCAAGUGAACCAUUUCUCACCCGUUGCUAGUCGUGACGGCUGCUCGCGUUCGUUUGUGGUUGUGAUUUUUGCGCAAUUUAUAUUAACUAACAUCAACUUCCUUUGCAGAUCCACUUCCUAGUCAAAUACCAGUGAGCAGUCAAGUUUAGCAAUUAGCAAUCGCUGGUGCUCAAAAGAGGCCAAACAAGAUAAGCAACUACCGUGUUCAAUAUUCAUCUGCUGUCCGCAAGUGACUUUAUGUACUUAUUUAAAAGCUAACCGAAAGUGUUCCGUUGGGGAGGCUGAUCGUAAUCAUAUGUAAAGGGUGCACAGUCGCACUGUCUUGGGGGAAAUGAUGUCAUAUUCCUGAUCGCCCUUGAACGUAGUAAUUCUUGCCCGCCACUAACGGGGCGCCUAGUACUUGAUAAGAUUGAUUCGUCAGUGAUCAUGGUCAGAAAAACCAAUUCACUCAGACUGGUUUGCGCCCCGACAUCUAUUUGCAUGCUUUUGGUCCUAAAGUCAGUUUGGAAAGUUCAUAGCGGCUAGCUCAUAUCUCCCUCCUUAUGAUAGGCCUUACUGAGAUCCGGACUUCCGGUUGUAACCUUUAAGUCUUCAGUGCGAACGAGCGUAGUAAAAUAACGUUUCGUACUUUGCGCAUGAUUCGGGGUUUGGAUUAACGCUGUUUGAUUCCUGUGCCAGCCAUUUUCGAAUAUUUAAACUUUUAACCAACGGAAUUCAUGUGGGCGAUUACUCAUGGCCUUCGAAGCAGUGUUCGGACAGCCGAUUCUUCAUCUAACAUUGACUUGCAGUCUGUAAGCCAUACUCCUGGGGGUUCCUUGUGUGCCACAUGCCAGUUGCUUGAGCCUACCACCUGUUCGCAACAAGGUAUCAGUUGAAUCCAAACAGCUGUUUAUAGCAAGAGGACUUUCGUGCUGAAAAUUUUUUCGGUUCCUACAGUGGUCGGCGAUAACCAAUCUUUGAUCUUUUUCCAUCUGCCAUCAGGACUGAUGGUUUUGGCUUCAAUGGUCAGUGGUAAUUUAGAAACCUAGACCAUCCGCGUACAAAGGGGCCUUACAGAUUCUUAUUUUUUCACCCGCCGUUUCACACUUCAUCCAGCAACGCCAUGUCUGUCUUAUUUGGACUGAGUAGUUCGGGCGUCCUUGGGGUUCCUCCGCCCACGAAGGUGGUACAACAGCCUAAGGACUGCCACAGUAGCACCUCCCGCACAAACACCAAGGAAAUUUCUUUCUGUGUAGGCAAUGACAAGCCGGGAUCUACUUUGCAGUAAAACAGGGCCAAAUUAGUUAUGGCGAUUACUCUAUAACUGGGAGCGAAGGGAAAAAAAGAGGCCCCCAGCGCACCCUUGAAAGGCUUCCCUUGUGGAUUAUCGAUCGCGUGCACUCGUCGCCCGAAACUUCCGGUUGAAAGAUGUAGCCUUUUUACCGGCAAGGUUUAAACAUCAGUUGCUGCGCGUGCCUCAUGCAGCCAACUCCUCUUAAAAUUCUUGUGCGAGUAUUACUUGCCUUACUGUAUCAGUUGUUAAACGCCGAUAUGACUUCUAACAUUUAAAGUGAAACUCGGUUGACCGUAAUCAUCAAUCUACCAAGGAAAGCUUGUUCAUAAUUCACACCCGUAACUAUGUCGGCAUAGAGAAAAUCAUAUAGGUGCGCAUUUUCUUAGCUGAGUCUCGUAUCGAUGCCACUAGGAUGGUCAGGCAUAUGGACACUCACCUACUGAGACCUGUCUAGUGUCCGCUAGAGGAUAUCUUAAACCGCUUAGCUGCAGCGAAAGGAUAAUUUGUCUAUUAACUGCCAUAUAACUAUGAAGGGUACGGAACUCAUACAACCAGAAGACAUUUGCUGUUUAACUCAAUUGCUUUUUGUGACUGAAAAGGUGUUAACGGCUACUGCACACUUAUACACUUGGUUCUCAUCUCUUUCUUCCUGUUUUAGGUGUAUUAGGACGCAACCCUACCGGCGUCUUGUGGCAUGCACAAAGUAUUUUGGUCCACUACCGUGAAAAUCUACCCAGUACAGUUGGCCAACCUUCGUGUGACCUUCGACGAACACGUGAAGACACACUUGAAUAAGUACAUUGCAGAUCUUAAUGGCCUUCUGCUGAAGGUGGAUAGGUCCUCGUUACGACUGGUGCCACCGGCGGAUCUGGCCGGAGCAUACUGCGGCAGCAAGGAUGGUCGAACUUGCCUGACGCGUCUUCCCCCAGAGCUGCCAUGUGUCCUAGUGCGGGCCGAAGCGUUAGCUACUGUCUUUCGGCCGACCAUCGGCCUGCGUCUAGAGGCCACGGUCAGUCUAUCAAAACGGCAUUUUCUUACCUGCCGUUACGAUUGUGGGGAUGGUCCUAUCAGUAUUACCGUGCCCAAACCGUCUGACGGUAAGGAGGAGUUAACCGACGAAGGAGGUGCCAAAGUGUUGGUCUAUCCCAAAGACAAGGUAGCCCUUGAGGUUGUACAAAUCAUUCAUGCAGCUGGGGGACUCAUAAUCAGAGGCAAACUCCUAAAAGUUUUGGAACGUGGCUCGACGUUGACUGGCGGUAAACGAAAAAAAUUUACUGACGGUGAGGAGAGGGCGGCAACAGAAGUGGAGACUGUGAAAUCCCCUAAAAAGAGGAAGAAGAAGAAGAAGCAGAUUCAACUCUUCGAUGACCAACUCCCCGAAGGGACUCCUGUAGACGAGGAGGCGGAGAGUGAAACCAGUUUGCGGAAGACGGAGGAAGUGUUUUCUGAAUUGCCAUCCAUCCUAACCGCCGAAAAGAAGAGGAAUAAAAAGAAGGACAAGCUUCUGUCGGGGUCGAUGGAUCGUCAGCGGCAACUGGAACAACGUGAAAAGGAGGAAGAAGAGCCGGACACUUUGCAAAAUAUACCGGUCAAAGUAGAACCAACUACCGAAACCACACACCCAAAUAUUUUGACUAGUCCGCACCGAAGACAGUGCCACCGCACUGCUGCGGGGGUAGCACUCAAAGCGCUACAGGACGACUGCACAGACGAGGGGCACAGAACUGACGCUGAAGAUCGGUACAGUCAUCCAGAGACGCCUACUGUGAAACCGGAACCGGGAAUUGCUGAUGCCGGAGAGCAGAGGCCCAGCUGGCAUGACCGGAGUCCAGACAUAAUCUCUGAUUCGGAGGACUCCAGCCCGGAGAACACCAAGUCGGAAGGUUGGUAG